CAAAAUUAAAUCCAAUACUGCCUUUGACAUUUAUAUAAUUGUUCAUUGGCCAUAAGGCUUUGAAAUUGUUUCCCGGUUGACCAACACCACUGGCCACAAGAUUUGGGGAGCAAAGUCUCAAGUAAUUAAGAACUUGCAUGGAUAUUUUGACUGUGUAAUAUAUCCAAUUUAUAGUUCAUGGUGAACGGGAUAUCAUAAAUCUCAUAGAACACUCAAAAGUCAAAAGUUUGGUUUUGCAUUUCCACUGAAAAAUGACCAAAAGAACAAAUAUAUUGCUGCUGCAAAUGGCUAAAAUACUAACACGUGUGAUAUGUUAACGCCUUAGCAUGUUCAAACAAACUUCACAACACCUCAAAAAAGUUUGGACCGAUAAAAAAGACAAAUGAAGAAAAAUAGUGGACGGGAGAAAGGAAAACAUCAAACUCUUAACAUCUUUUGAUGGAACUGCUACUAAACUCAACCAGAAUAAUUACAACCAAAUAUGAUAAUAGUGGAUUUUAUACGGCUUUUGUGUUCUUCUUGCUUAUUUUAGCCAAUUAUCUUUGCUUGAGCAUGAUUCUUAGACGAAUUGAUUUUUCCAUUAGAUUGCCAAGUUAUUUUCUCUAAAAAAAAGAAGAGAUUCUCCCUAAAUUGCCUUUUGGGUCAUUUUGGCUAUUAGUUUAAUUACCAUCUGGGGUUGGAGAAAAAAAAUAUGAAAACUUCUACUGAAAAAUUUUCAUAGCAUUUGUCUCAGCAAAGAGAAAGCAGAAAUGGACUUGUGGGUUGUUGCAGCAGCUACUGGUGCUGGAUAUGUAGCUAAGUACUGGAAGAAUCAAUCAAAAGAUGGGGAUAAUUCUUUAUCACAGUUAUCCUUUGGGGAAUCCAAUUUGGUAAGUCCUGAAUACUCAAAUCUUUUUCUAGACAAAUUUUCACUAAGGAAGAAACCAUAUGAAGAUGUUUUUGGCCAUGGAAUUAUGGAAGAAACACCUUCAGUUUCAGAGUUGGGACUUAUUGGGAGUCACCAAGGUUCCAAUGGCAAUGAAUUGCCUACAACAAAUAUGACUUUGAAAUCUUGGAUCAAUGAGAACUCUAAAGGACACAUUGGAGAAAGCAGCAAAAGCAAUAACAUUGGAACCUUAGUUUGUAGUUCUUCAAGAAAUAGAAGCACAGGUAAUGCUAAAUUCUCAAAUGGGGUUCUUGUUAAACCUCUGAAUUUAGUAGAAGAUUGUCUUCUAGCUCACGAGAGUUCUUUAAAUCCAUGUAUUGCUGUGGAACUGGAGGAAAAUAAGCUGUUCAAGGGAUCCCACUUAGAUGCUAAUGAAAGUUUAUGUGGGGUUUCUCAACUGCCAUUUGAGUCUUUGAAGAUCUCUGAUAUAGUUAGUAAUAAGACAGGAAAGGAAUGGGAAAGAAAGUCAAGAAGUUUCAGCAAAAUGGAUAAUAGGGAACAUUCUGCUUCCAAAGGUGUCGCGGAUGAAUCGUUUGUAUUAUAUCUUGGAGUCUUCAUUGGUGUAAUCUUUUCCUUCAUGUCUAAUAAAAGGGAAGUUCACAAUUUGAAAGAAUUGCUAAAGCAGACCGAAGACUUGGUUCAAGAUCUUCAAGAGGAACUUGAAAUGAAGGAUUCAUUGAAGCUGAAGGAGCUCAGUAAUGAUAAUUGUGAAUCGUACACUUAUAGUAAUAAUGCCUUCUCUGAGAAAACAGCAGAUGGAUCUUCUACACAACAUGUCAUGGAUUACACAAUAAACUUCAAUGCUGAAGAACUAUAUGAACAUAAGGCAGAGGAGAGUUCAGAAUCAAUGAGCAGAAUCGAAGCUGAACUGGAAGCAGAACUCGAGAGGUUAGGAUUAAAUGUAAGCAUUGAUUGCACGGCGAGAUUUCACGAGGAAGAGGAGGAGCUUGAUCCAGAAUUCGAAGAAGAUUUCGCUGAAGGUGAAUUGAGGAAUGAGAUGAUUAUUGAAGAAAGUUGUGGUUGGACUAAGCCAAAUGAAGAGGAAAGCAACUCAACAGUUCAUUCUGGAAACUAUACAGUGUCACCAAGGGAACUGAGCUUGCGUUUACACGAUGUUAUUCAGUCAAGGCUUGAAGCACGUAUCAAAGAACUCGAGAAUGCUCUUCAAAAUAACAGCAAGAAGCUGCAGCAAAUUGAUGCACAAUAUAGGAGUUCUUGGCUUGAAGUAGCAGAUGAUGAAUUGGAGUUUAUUUCUAAUACACCAAUAUGAAAGAAAAAAAUGGUACCAUUGAUAAGUUCUGUUGAGUUUGGAAGAAGGGUGGUUUUUACCAACUGCUGACUUCUAGUGUUGUUUUUACAAUGGAGCUCUCACAUUUUGUAUAUGAUAUUUUUUUUAAAGAGUUUCGUUAAGUCAAUAAACUAACAGAACACCAUUCUAAAA